ACUACCAUGCUACUGUUUUCACCAACUUUGAUUGACUUUCAAAUUUGAACUUUUUUAUUUCACCCGCUCAUGACAGUGGUACAGACCACACAUUGUUUACUUCGGGUGCGGUGUACAAGUGCGGGACCCCAUUUUAUUGGGGUUUGACAGUCGGGGAAGUGGUCAAAGUCUUUGCUUUGCAGUUAGCCUUUAUACAAAGAUGACACGAAUGCAGGGGAACGAUCUGAACCGCCCUGGCACGACAGGGAACAUACCGGUGGAGAAGGGGAACCCUCCAGACGGAGGCUGGGGCUGGUUAAUGGGCUUCAUUAUACCGGUCGUGGUACCACCACUUUUCGCCUGGAUUUUCCAUGCAAAAGGAGAAAGGGAGAAGGAAGAGAUGGAAAAAGAAUAUCAAUGCAAAAUUGACAUCUUUCAUGACAACCAGAUGAAAAUGAAAGAUGAAAACUCCAAGCUAUUUGAUAAGUUGGCAAGUAAGUACAAAGUGACAGCAAAUGAUCAACACUAUAUCUCAAAGCUUGAAGAUGCGAAGAAAGCCCUACAGGAAGAUCACAAGAAACAACAGGAGCAAAUACACCAACUUAAGCAUAAAGAGAAUUCCAUUCAAGACAACUUGACAAAUAUACAAGAGGAAAACUCUAGGCUGAUGGAAAAGUUGAUGAUUCACCACAAAGUGAGGGAGAGAGAUCAUCAUUAUAUCUCAAAGCUUGAAGAGGAAAAUCAAAAAGUGAAGAAAGACAACAAGGAACAGUUGAAGCAAAUAUAUCAGGUUAUGCAUGAAAGCGGCAGCAUUCGUGACAAGCUGACAAAGAUACAAGAGGAAAACUCUAAGCUGCAAGAAACACUUGCAAACCAACAAGAAUUCAAGGCUAAAGAUCAACAGUACAUCUCAAAGCUUGAAGAAGACAAUCAGACACUGAAGAAAGUUUACAAGGAACAGCAGGAACAGAUGAACCAUCUCGAGCAUAAAAGCAGCACCAUUCUUGAGAAGCUCGCUAAGAUGCAAGAGGAAAACUUUAGACUGAAUGAAAAGCUGGCAAGUCAUCGGGAUAUAGAGAAGAGGGAUCAUCAGUAUAUCUCAAAACUGGAAGAUGAGAACAAAUCUUUGAAACAAGACUACAAGAAACAGCAAGAAGAACUUGCAAAAAGGCUCAGUGAUGUUAAACCUGCUACUUCAAAUGAGACAGAAAGUCCAGAGGAAGUUAAAACGAAGGCCACAGGGACAGCGGGAACUUCUGGCUUCACUUUGAAAGACUCACUAGCGUUCAAACAGAGGGAGAAAGAGAUUCAUGUUAAGGAGGAGUACCUGUCCAAGCUAAAGCAGCAGCUACGAGAGAGGCAAGACAUGAAGUGUGGUGCAUGGAACCCCAUGAAGACCAGCUGGCAUCGUGUGAACUUAGAACAACAGAUGUUGGCACAAGCAAACAUCAAUGUCCAUGCACGAAGUCUCCGUGUUCCGGCCGCUCUGCGCGAAAUCUUCAAGUACGAUGACUACUGUGCAACGGGAUCGGAGGAUCAUGGGAGACUAAUGUGGACAUUUUGGAGGCAGUGGAAGAUGGAGGUAGAGAGGGAGAAAAACAAAUUGUUAGCUGAGAGAUUGGCUCAGGAUCAAAGCCAGUAAUGUUGCAUUCUUCUGGGGAAAAUAUCUGAUUUGUGGAAACAUAGUGACCGCAACACUAACAAUUCUCAAACAUAUAUUUGAACGCAACACUAAAAGUUGCCACACAUAUAUUUGAACGCAACACUAACAGUGACCACACAUAUAUGUGAACGCAACACUAACAGUUGCCACACAUAUAUUUGAACAUAACACUAAAAGUUGCCAUACGUAUAUUUGAACGCAACGCUAAAAGUUGCCACACAUGUAUUUGAACGCAACGCUAAAAGUUGCCACACAUGUAUUUGAACGCAACGCUAAAAGUUGCCACACAUGACUGAAGUGAGGAAAGUCACGGAAAGUGCCUUUCCCAUGGCCUAUAUGAGUACAAGAUCGGUGACAUAUCAACAACAAAGCCAGGACCUCUUGGUUAUUUACACCACACAAUCACAGAUGACAUGAUUGGCGGAUUACAAUGAGUACACUUUUCUUAGUCCAAUAUCCAAAACUGUCCAUUUCGCUUUCUACCUAUGUUACCAUAGCCCUUUCCUCAUUGCCCGUUGUGCAAGUACAGCUUAGCUAUGUGCCAUUAAGGAUUUUAAAUGUGUUACUAACAAACAGUACCAGUGUUAGCCAAAAGGAUACCAAUCUGAGUUCAAUUUGUUUUGUUUUUUUAUUUGAAAAUCUGAUCUGAAAUGGUGUAGUAUAAUGACAAGCUAAAGUCACAGCAGGUCAUCCUUGUGCCAUAAGAUGUUUUUUCUUUGUAAAUGCUCCUUGAAAUAUUCUUUCUAAGCAGACUUUCUAUUGUGUUCUAUGAAUGUUAUGCUUGUGAAUGGUGUAAAAGAGUGUUAAUGUCUUGCUGUGCUACAGAUAUUUAUCUGCUCUGAAAGUGUACUAGUCUGUGUAACUCAAACUCUGCUGUCCAGUGCUGUAAAUGGUCAGUCGGAUGUUGCGUAGGCUGCUAUAAGCCAGAUUUGAUGAGGCUAUAUGUGUACCUAUUUUCAAUGUCAUUCUUCCCUAAAUCAGUUAAGGGAUGUUAUGAGA